CUCAUACUAGAAGUUGAUGUCAAGUAUAUCAAAGACAUACUCAACAAUUCUGACCUUCUGCCAAAUGUGACUCUUGUUAUGCUGAAGUGGGGUGUACCAAUGGUAACAACUCUCAAUGGAUGGACAUGGGGCAUUAUGCUCUUUAACUUCAAAUUGAAACAUGUUCCAGCUGAGAGGCAUUGUGGACCAGAUGCACUAUCUAGGAGG